AUUUUAUUAAAAAUGGAAGAAGCUGACAAAUCUAGGAUUGAGAUUCUCAACAAGAUCUCAGUAGCGAUUGGAGAGGACGAUUCUCAGAAGAUCCUUGAAGCAGUAAAGGAGCUUAAAGAUCUUAGUGACUCAGAUGAUGCUCUUUGCAGAGAUAUCACUAGAGUUGCCAGGAUUAGGGAAGGAGAUUCUCAGCACGUGCUUAAUGAACUCCAGGCUGACAAGGCAGCUCAUCCCUUCCUUUAUGUAUACUGCUUGCAUACUCUUGGAAAGCAACAAGAAGCACAUGAUGAGUUUGAAGCCCUCGGAAUUAAUAGAAAUGAGUAUUACUCAGGUCUCCUAUUUUCACAGAUUCUUUAUAAGCUUGACCAGAAGGAAAAGGCAUCUGAAGUGCUAGAGGAGAUAAUCAAUUCGGGUAAUGAACAUCUUGAGAAUGACCUCACCGAGAUCUUGACCAAUAUGCUUGCUAGUUAUACCUCAGAAACCGAUGCAGAGAAAAUCAAGAAACUUGAAGAAAAGCUUUCUGGUGAAGUAAAUGCAGACUAUUUAUUCAACACAGCCACAGCCUUUGCGAGUAUUAAGGGACAAGAGAAGGUUGCAGCCAAGAAGCUCAAGGAAAGUUAUGAGAUAGCCAAGGAGAAUAAUGAAGAGGGAAAUGAUAAAUAUCAGGUCCUCUCCUCAUACCUUGCUGCAAAGAUCAUCUCUCAAACAGUAAAUUAUGCAGAAUUUGAAUGGAAUGAUUUUAAGCUAGAUGAUAGAGAAGCAGAUUCUUUCAAAUUACCAGAAAAUAAAGCAGCUUAUAUCAUUAAUCUGGCUAUAAUAAAGAAAAAGUUAGGGUUUGCAAAUAGCACUAGUGGACUUCAUGGGCUAAUCUCAAGUGUUUCUAACUCUCAAGAUAUUAACCAGCACCAGAAAGAUGCUUUUAAAGCUAAUUUAGAAGCUCUUUCCCAGACAAAACUUGAUUAUGAGAGUAUACUGAAAGAAUAUGAGGAUAAACCAAUUAUUGUAGCAUUACUAAAAGCUCAGAUCCAGAUUACCAAAGGUCAUUUCAGGGAUGCAAUCAAGGACCUUAUCAAAUAUUGUCAAGAUAAUAAUGAAACAAACGGGAGGCUUCUUGGCUUCCUUCUCAAAGCUACGAUCGAUAACAAAUUUACCGAAGAGAAGAACACAAUCAUUGAGUUCACCUCAAACAACUCUUCUGAACUUCCGACUGAGUUCCUUGUGAUAAUAGCCCAAAUUUUGAUUGAGACCCAGGAAUUCUUCACUGCUUUGAAAAUCCUUGAGAAAGUCAAAGACUCCACUGAUGAUAUGAAUAUCAAAGCUGGAUACCUAAGUGCUCUUGCUGAGAGUGACACUAAAGCAGCUUUUGAAUAUUUGGAAUCACUAAACAUUCCCACACCUGAGUUGGAAGAUAAUGAAGACCUUCAUGAAUUGUUACAAGAGCCUCUAUCAACAGAUAUUAGAGAUAAGAAACGUAAGAAGAAAGAGGACACCAAAGUCCAAGAGACUAAGAAGGGAGGAAGCAUUUUCAUCCCCAAAGCUAAAAAGAACAAGAAAGUCAAGUACCCCAAGAACUUCGACCCUGAAAACCCAGGCCCAAUGCCAGACCCAGAAAGAUGGAUUCCCAAGUGGCAAAGGUCCAAGGGCAAGAAGAAGCUCAGGAUGAGAGGUCCUCAAGGAAAUGCCAACGACAUUGGGCAAGUGGCCAAGAAGGGAGCCACGAGCGCUAACAUCAAAGUGUCUACUAAGUAAUUCUCAGGUUCAUUUGAGUGUUCAGGGGUAGCAGGUUCUAAAUGA